CAGAGCACCUGCGCAGACAGGACAGGAAGGAGGGAGUUUUUUGUAGCUGACAGGGAAAUCUUGAAAUUAUUUUUUCUCCUUAAAAAAGUUGAGUGGAAACAGUUUGGAGAGUCAAAAAUGCCUCAAAAGAGCAACUUGAACGUAGCUUUGCUCCUAUUUCUGCUGAUGUUUGGAAUUUACUGGAAACACUGUGAUGGACAGGGGAACCCAGACGGUGCCAGCAGGCCUCCAGAUGGGCGGGGGGUAGACGGCAGUGCGUUCUUCGCCCUGCGCAGCUGCCACCAGCUGCUGCGCAGUGACAGCGGCGAGUUCUUCUCCCCUGAGUACCUGUGCUCCAACCCCCCUCUGUGGUGCAACUGGACCAUCCAGGUGGAUCCUGGGAAGAGGAUCCACCUGCACCUGGAGGACCUGACCCCUGACGAGGCCUGCCAAGCCAAGCAGGACCAGAUCCACGUGGACGACCCUGCCGGACAAUCGGGCGGGGAGCACAAAGUGCUGCAGAAGUGCUGGCAGGAGGCCAAGUACACUUCAUCCUCAAACAUCCUUCAGGUGGUUCUGCUGAUCGGCGGUUGGCCCAGCUCCUCCUACAGGGGCUUUUAUGGACGCUACCAGGCCUUCGGACCCCCCGUGGUUUACAACCCAGGGGAGGACGGGGGGAUAAGAAGCAAAGAAUCAGAAGCGGAACCUGGACUAACAAAGUUCAGCGACCCGUCUGUGAACAGCGAACAGACAGGUCCUGAGAUGAUGUACGAUUAUUAUGAUCCUGCCACGAUGGCUGAGCGACCCUGGGAGUCCAAAGCUUCCAGUGGAGGCACAGAGGUGGUUGAAAACCAUGCAUCUUCCGAGAGCAGCCAUUCUUAUCAGUUUGUGGUGUCACCGCCGUCCGGUCACAGGACAACAUUCCGGUCAGGAAGAGGUGUCGCUCUCAGCCAGUCUGACUCGGCAGCCUUACCUCCACAGUGGCGGCAGCAGGACAAAAGAGCCCCUAACUCCUCAUCACCAGUGCAGGGUAGUGUAGAGGAAGCUCCCACUGCAGCACAGACCGAGAGCAUGAAAACGAGCAGACCGGACGAGCUGAUGCCUGCUGACGGAACCAAACGGCCUGAGGCCAGAGACGCCUCGGACCAGCUCCCGUCUGACGCACCAGAUCCAAGGAGCGCAGAGCAACAUCCUCCUCCUAGCGUGGUGGAGCAGAGAUAUGACCACAGAGAGAUCAAAACUGUGAAAAAUCACACUGAAACUCUUCAUCUUCCUGGUGAUCACCUGUUCGAAGUGGCCAUCGAGGUGAAUUUCAUUCCCGAUCUGGAGGAGUCUUGGGACGCCCUGGCCCGUUCUCUGCUGCUAUCUCUGAAGGCUUUGAUCAGCAAACACCUGGAUAUUCUGCACAAACAGCUCACCCUGUCUUCUAAAAGAAUAAAAAGGUUGAAUGCAGGUGCCCUGUACAUCCUCUGGCUGCAGAUUGGACAGGGGCCUGGAGGUGGGCAGGUCCACAGGGCUGUCCACUCUGCCAUGCAGGGCCUCCUCUCCUCAGGGGUCAACCUCAGAGUCAACCGCAAGAACGCCAUCAUCAUGUCUGUGUCUACUGCAGAUGUGAAUGAGUGUGGGACCAACCUGGUUCUCUGUGACGCUAAUGCAGACUGUGUGAACCACUUUGGCUCGUACUCCUGCCAUUGCAGAGAAGGCUUUAAGGAUGAGUCUCGCCUGGGAUCAGGAGGAACCAUCUGCACGGACCAAAAGACCACAGACUGCAGCUCAGGCCUUUCCUCUGAGACAAAAGGCGUCUAUAUACUCUUCUUCCUCCUCAGCUCGCUCAUCCUAAUGUUGGUGGCGGUGGCUGGAACGUUGUACCACCGCCACCACAGGGGGGCGUUCCUGGUCCGCUGCCAUAACAGCGGCAGCAUCUCUCCCCCUGAUUCCAACAACAACCACCUCCACCACGAGGACCACUACUCUAGCCCCGCAGACUCUGACCUACCUCCCCCACCUCCGCCUGCCAGAGGCUCCAGGGACAGCUGGGCUCCUGGCAAAGAGCGCCGCCUGCCUGUGGACCUGCCGCUCCUGCGCUUCAGCCCCCUGUUGCCUCCAGACAGUUACAUCGAUCCACAGGAUGGUGGAAAGAUGUGAACCCACUGGGACAACGUGUCUUAACUUUAUUCAUCAGUUUAUUUCUUUUGUGCUUAAUGAUGCUCUUGUCCACAGUGUCAUGCUCAAUAAAUGUCACAACAAAACAGCA